GAAAUCCUCUUUGCGGUUCCUUGAAAGCAGCAUCAGACAAUCUUCCACUUGCGCAUGCGCAGUUCUGGGUGUCUGACCUUCAUUGCUGCAGCCAUGUUCGCCCGGAGCAGCGCGUUGGUUUUCCUCCCACAAUGUGGGCAGGUCAGGAACAUGGCCACCUUGAAGGACAUCACCAUCCGCCUGAAGUCCAUCAAGAACAUCCAGAAGAUCACAAAGUCCAUGAAGAUGGUGGCCGCCGCUAAGUACGCCCGCGCUGAGCGGCAGCUGAAGCCGGCCCGCGUCUACGGCACCGGAGCUCUGGCUCUGUACGAGAAGGCCGAGAUCAAGGCGCCCGAGGAGAAGGCCACCAAGCACCUGCUGGUCGGCGUGACCUCUGACCGUGGGCUCUGCGGCGCCAUCCACUCCGGCGUUGCCAAGACCAUAAAGAACGAGAUCGCCAACCUGACCGGCGCCGGCAAGGAGGUGAUGGUGGUCAACGUGGGGGACAAGCUGAGAGGCCUGCUGCACAGAACUCACGGCAAGCACAUCAUGCUGAACUGUAAGGAGAUCGGACGCAAACCGCCCAGCUUCGGCGACGCCUCCAUCAUCGCCACCGAGCUGCUCAACUCCGGAUACGAGUUCGACCAGGGCUCCAUCAUCUUCAACAGAUUCAGGUCCGUCAUCUCCUACAAGACGGACCAGAAGCCGGUGUUUUCCACUGACGUCGUGGCCAACUCAGAGAACAUGGGGAUCUACGACGACAUCGACGCCGACGUGCUGAGGAACUACCAGGAGUUCGCUCUGGUCAACGUCAUCUACCUGGCUCUGAGGGAGUCCUCCACCAGCGAGCAGAGCGCCAGGAUGACGGCCAUGGACAGCGCCAGCAAGAACGCCUCUGAGAUGAUCGACAAGCUGACUCUAACCUUCAACCGCACCCGGCAGGCCGUCAUCACCAAGGAGCUCAUUGAGAUCAUCUCUGGAGCCGCCGCUCUAUAAACGGACGACGUCGAUUCCGUCUCUGAAAGUCUCUCAGAGGAGUCCCCAAGAACGUAUUUGUGCUUCUAUUUGUAAAAAUAUACAGAAAAAUAAACCUCUACAACAGAACCAA